AUGUAUCUGUUAAAAGUAUAUAAACCGUGCAUAAACCUUCUUUUAUGGCCGAUUAUAGGGAUUUUUUCCUGCACUUGCUUUCCUGCAAUUGACUGGAAAGGGAAAUUGUGCUGUUGGAUGAAGAGUCCUUCCAGCACAGAUAUUAUGAAACGAAAAGAAGGGCAGAGAGCAGGUUCAACAAAAAAAGAUGUAGGGCUUUCUCCUGUAUCGGUACGAUGUAAAAAUGAAACUUUUUUACCAGAAGUUUAUAGUUUGCCCUUCUUCGUAGUUAUAUCAAACCACUGUUUCAGAAGAGGAUUUACGUUUCAAUCAAGGUAUUCCUCGUAUGAAGUUCAAUUCAAUAAAAGAUACACAAGUACUGCAUCAGGGGAAAGUUUACAAACAAGACCAGGAUGGUGUAUACCAUCUGGCAUCCACUUCGAUACCAAGAAGAAGGGACACUACCGCAGUUCGUUGCAUGGUAAUAUAGUCUUCCUUCAGUUCUCUGAAUUUUUGAAACAUUUCGACGAGCACAAAAUGCAUAUACCACAUAACUGUCCUCAGAAAACGCGGCCCUGGAAUGAAUUUAUACUUCAAAAGAAGAAGUUAUUGAAUAGGCAUUACCGAACCCAAUCAGAGAAAUAUGAAGAAAUGCCUCCCUCACACAUUGGAUGCGACAAGCAUUGUAAUAGAGUAGACAUAUUAAAUCGUCACAUAAAAAAUGUACGCAGGAAUGAAAGGCUGAGGCUAACUAAUAAAUAUAAUAUAGGCAAAAAUAAAUGA